AUGCUUUAGGAAGGGUUAAGAAACUUCAAGGAACUUCGAGCCAAAUUUCAAAAGUUUGAUAUGCCAUUGCCUCCAGGACCUAUUAAAUUCUCAGCGGGUGUUUCUCAAAAGGGUGACAUUGGAAACACACAGUCAACAAGAAUUUUGGCCAAUGGGAAACCCCUCUCAUCCAACCACAGUUCGCUCCCACUACGUUCUAGUGCUGACUCCCAGCUUCUUAAAGACCAGGAAACAAAGCUGGCCCAGAGGAGUGAGAUUCAGAAAUGUUCGAAUUCCCCAGGAUCUCCGGAAAUGUCCCCUGGUCCUGCAGUAAAUUCCCAGAAAAGUCCUCCACUGUUAGAGAGGACCCCAUCAAAUGCUGAGAUAACCAACAAGAGGAGAGUCACAGUGAAUGAUAGCUUCAAAGAUAAGCUCUGGAACUGGGAGAAGUUUUCAUCUCAGAAAAGUGAGUCGUCUUCAGCCUCUCUCCUUGCCAGGUGCGCUUGCAGGAUCUGCCACGUGGAGGAGCAGAAAAGCAGAGGGCUUCCUCCAAAGGAGCCCAGGAUAAUGCUGGAAAUAAAAGGAACACAGACCUUGCCUUCCCAGAGGCAUUUGGUGGCUCAAAGAGAAUCACUUACCUUUCCUGAAGAUCCCGCUUUUCUACUUUUUCAACAUGGCAGGAAAAGCCUAGAAAACCCUCUUCCCGAGAAGAGCCUAGUGAGAGGCUCCUGCCAGUUUGUCUAUGAGAGUGAAAUUUCCAGUCAGGCCCCAGAGAAACAGUCUGUUGAUAAGCAUCAACAACUUCUCAAAACGAAACCACUGCCUUCCAUCGAGUCCCUGGGGCCUCCUCCCCCAAAGCCUCCGAAACCCCCAGUUGUGAAUCUCCAGGCCUUCCAGAGGCAGGCAGCUGCAAUUUCUAAGACCCACACAGAAGCAGCUGUGGAAGAGGGUUGCCUGCCUCCAGAGAGAAUAUUCAGUGCUGAAUUUGAAGAGCCACAUAAUUAUGAGGCAACAAUUUCAUAUCUGAAACACUCUGGCAACUCCAUUAACCUGUGCACCGCAAAAGAAAUUGCUGAUUCAACUUAUGAAGUCGAAAUUGAAGAACCCCAAAAGCCUUGGAAGAAUGGUCUCCAUCAAGAACUUAGCCCUAAACAUGAAGAUGAAGAUGAAGAUAAAAAGGAGAAGGAAAAAGAGCCAUGUGAAUUAGAACCUCAAAAACCAGAAAAAGAUCUACUUUCAAGUCAUCUUUUCAAGGUAUCAGUGUUCUAGGGGAUGCUGGGAAGAAAGCAGGUGAUGAAAGUCCUCGGAGGCCGCAGGAGCGUGCUGCCCAGGAAGCAGGGCCCUGUGAGCGAUGGCGCCCAGACGAAGGCCUGCCUCCAAGACCCGAAGCUGGCCAGGCGCUCCCUAGGCCACUGUGGGUAUGUGGAGGCCUUGGGAGUCACUACAGAAAUGCCAGGUGGGGGGGCCUGUAAGCCUCACUCCAACUCAGAGGAGACAUAUGAUGACGUUGAGUACCCCGGGAGAGCCGGACCACAGUCAGACCUUUCUAACUCAUUUGCUUCUGAUAAUGAAAAUAAUGAAGAAAUGUAUGAAGAGGUCUAUAAAACAAAGAGCAACUACCCAAAAAGAGAUUUAGAUGGAAAAGAAGCACUGAAAAGACUGCGGAAAUUCUUCAAGAAGGAAAAGGAUAGAUUUAAAAUGAAGAAAAACAAGUUGAAAGAAAACGUAAGUGCAUUUUCAAUUUCGCUGCCUGAUUUAGAACUUAGGUCUCAGGAAGCUAUUAUCUAUGAUAAUGUGGACAUAAGUGAAAAAGAGUCAAGAGAUGAAAAUAAACUAAAAACUUGGAAACCCAAGUUUUUGAUGGCAAAGGAAAAGAGAGAGAGAAAAGGUCCUGAAGAAUCAGAAAGGUAGGAGCACAGAAAUUUCUUCCGAACCAAGAAGCAAAACUUAGAAAAGAUGAGAAUGGAAAAAGAAGAAAAACAUUUUAGAGAACAAUUUGAGUAUGACAAAGAGAUUACUGUCAUCAACACAGCAGUGGCAUGUUCCAGUAAUUCAAGGAAUGGAAUAUUCGAUUUGCCAAUAACCCCUGGAGAAGAACUACAAGUCAUUGAUACCACUGAAGAAAAUCUAGUGAUUUGUCGCAAUUCCAAAGGCAAAUAUGGAUAUGUACUGAUGGAACAUCUAGAUUUCAAGCAUCAAGGCUGGUCACCUUAGGAAUAUCAAGCUCCAGUGGCAGGG